AUGGGGCACCUGAUGGGACCCCAGGACUGGACGGAAGGCGGGGUCCUCCUGGUUUACGUGGACUCAAGGGGCAAAGAGGUUUUAAAGGGGACGAUUCUCCAGAAGGGGAAAAAGGAGACAUGGGUUUCACCGGAGAGCCUGGUCCAAGCGGAGACAGAGGCAGCUAUGGGGAAAAGGGUGCUAAAGGUGAACCUGGGGAAGCUGGACCAGUCGGCCCUCCUGGUGAUCCAGGUCCGGCUGGUCCCAGGGGUCGAUUUGGCCCUCCUGGAGGAGGGCUUCUCGAACUACAGCCUGAUCCCGGUAGAGGAGGAGUUUUCUCGGGGCCGUGGUCUGGAUAUCGGGGCCCACGCCUGGACCAAAGGAGAUGUGCUCAUGUUCUUCUGCGACGUCGACAUCCACUUUAACGCAGACUUCCUCAACACCUGCCGCCUCAACGCUGCUCCUAAUAAAAAGGUGUUUUAUCCAGUGGUCUUCAGCCUGUAUAAUCCUGCUAUUGUCUAUGGAAACUUGGAGCUGGCUCCACCGAUCGAACUGCAGCUGAUUCAUAAAAAAGAUGCUGGAUUUUGGAGAGACUUCGGUUUUGGCAUGACCUGUCAGUACCGCUCAGACUUCUUAAAUAUUGGUGGUUUUGACCUGGAGGUGAAAGGCUGGGGUGUAGAGGACGUACAUUUGUAUAAAAAAUACCUGCGCAGUGACGUGAUCGUGGUGCGAGCUCCGGUCUCCAGUCUUUUCCACCUUUGGCACGAGAAACAGUGUGCAGACGAACUGACCCCUGAGCAGUACCGCAUGUGCAUCCAGUCCAAAGCCAUGAACGAGGCCUCCCACCCUCACCUGGGCAUGCUCGUGUUCAGAGAGGAGAUAGAAGCCCACCUCCGGAAACAGGCUUUCAAGACGCAGAGCAAGAGGGAGGAGUGAGAUGAGAAAUGAAAACUACGCUGUAAAAAUAAAUCAAUAGGAGGUACUUGAAUUCAGGAUAUUAAACAAUUAAUUUG